GCAGGUUUUCCAUCAUGGCUGCGCCCUUCAUUCACCAUUCGCUGUCCUCCUUAUGCAGAAGAAACUGUAAUAUUAAAGGAAAAUAUAAUUUAAUUUCAUUCAACAGGCUGGUAUCUACCUCUGCUGUCCUCUCAACAAGCGCUUUAUCCACUGAAAGAGACACUGUAGGCAGAGGUGUUCGGGGCCAGUGGAAAUCUAAAAGACAGUCCGGGGAGCCCAGGACAGAACAGAUGAUCGUGGGUCAAGACUGGACCGCAGUUUACCCCACUGCAGCGUCAUUCAAACCUUCUGCAGUUCCACUGCCAGUACGGAUGGGUUAUCCAGUGAAGAGAGGUGUACCACCUGAGAAAAAGGGCAAUCUGGAGCUGAUCAAGAUUCCAAACUUUUUACACUUAACCCCAUUAGCCAUUAAGAAGCACUGCGAGGCCCUGAAACCGUUCUGUAUGGAGUGGCCGUCUGCUUUGGACUCUAAAGAAAAAUGCAAGGAGCAUUUCCCAAUCCAGGUUCAGAGUAAAGAGUUUGUAUCUGCUGGACCUUCACUGCGAAACCCAGAUGCCAGAAUAGUAACGCUCAAGGUGAAACUUUCCAGUUUAAAUCUGGAUGAUCACGCCAGAAAGAAAAUGAUCAGACUCAGCGGAGAGCAUUACUGCAAAGACACAGACACACUCACCAUCACCACAGACAGUUGCCCGUUGAGACAGCAGAAUUAUGAUUACGCCAUGUAUCUUCUAACGGUUCUUUACCACGAGUCCUGGAAAACAGAGCUGUGGGAGCAAGAAAAGACGCGUGCGGACAUGGAAGAGUACGAGUGGGAAGACAGCCCAUCCCAGAAGAACGUUCUGGAAACUCUCCUGCGCAUGCGGCCACUCAGAGCGAAUGAUGAGUUGGAGGGGGGAAUCAGAGAGGAGCUGCUCGGACAGCUGGCUGUACAGGAGUACAAAAACACGGUGGUCAAGCUGAAGAAUGAGGGGGAGACUGAGGACAAUCUACAGAAUUACAAAGAGGCCGUGAAAAAACUUCUUAAAAUCUGAGGAAUGCUGGAGAAUGGUGGCAGACUGGGAGCUCCAAUAUAGUGAACAUAAAUGUACAAUAAAUAAUAAUGCAUUGUGGUUCUAUAAUGAUGUAAUAAUGUUGUUUUUUUGUAUGUCAUAUCCAACUUAAAAUAUAAAUGAAAAUGAAAUCCUGAAGGGGCGUUACUAUGACGCUGAACUAAGCACACGUCUUUCUGUGAGCUCCUGGUGAUAUUUGGUUAAAUUUCUGUAUAUUUAUCUGGUAAGAACACGGACACGAAUACCAGUUGUUUGUAUUAGCUCUGCGGAGUACACCAAGUGUUAUUAUGCUGUCAAAAAAUACAAACAAAGUGGACUCUUCCCCAGUUGAGGAGUAUGACGAGUGGGAUGCCAGCACCUUAGCUAGCUCAACAGGUAACGCUAGCACUGCCCCCCAGUCGGAAGGAGCUCUGGCCGGAACUGUCCAAAACUUGGAUGUUAUUCAAAAACUGGACAUGAUGAGAAGUGAUUUUGCCACAAAGAUUGAUGGGAUCCUGAAUGCAGUUCAUGAUGUUAAGAGGGAUGGCUAUGGACGUGGAUGAAGAGCGCAUUAGCAACGUUGAGGACACAGUUAAUUCAGAGAAAGGCAAGACUGAAGAGUUCAUUAAAAGAGUGGCUGUCCUUACACAGAAAUUCGACGAACUUGAAAACUGCUCGCAGAGAUCCAACCUCAGGCUGGUUAACUUGCCUGAAGAAGUUAAAAAGUCAGAUUAAAUCGUUUUGCUUGAGAAAUGGCAACCUGAAGCACUGGGCCUGCAACCUUUCCUACUCCGCCUAUCAUUGAGAGGGCACACAGGCUACCCAGCUGAACACAAUCCUCCAAGAGUCCUCAUUAUGAAGUUUUUUUUGUUUUUUCAUUAUGAAGUUUUUGAACUUCCAAGAUAAAGUCAGAGUAAUGCGAGCAGCCAGGGCCAAAGGCAUGGUUCUGUACGGCGAGCAAGAGGUCAGGUUUUUCCCAGACCUUUCGGCGGAGCUAAACCGGCAGAGGAGGCAUUUCGACAGGAUAAAACAACAACUAAGAUUCCUGAACAUUAGCUAUGGAAUAGUGUACCCAGCCAAGCUUCGUCUGACAAUUGACAUACAAAUUUGUGAAUUUUAAUCCCCCGCAGACGCUGAGAAGUUUGUUCAGGGCUUACAAGGCACACGUGAUGCACAGAGGAGCUAAAGUGGAAAUAUGAGGCUGUCCUGUUCGGGAUGACAGCUAAGGGGAUUUGUUUUGGGCAGGAUUUCGUUAUUUUAUAUGUUUGUCCGUGUUUUUCACAAUAUAACUUCAUACAUUGGCAGACUUUUAAGGUGACUUCCACAUCGAAGCAACAGGUCCAGUCAUGUUAUUUAGUUGUAAUAUGCUGUACAAUCUGGUCUAAAGUUGAAUCAAGAUUAGUUCGAAUAAGAAACUAAUAUUCACCUCUUGGAAUGUAAGGGGGAUGAUUAAAAUGAUUAAGUUGAAACAGGUUAUUAAUAGGCUUAAGCAGCUUGAGUCCUCUGUAGUUUUUAUCCAGGAGACUCAUUUACUUAAGGAUGAACUUCUGAAGGUACAAAGGAGAUGGCCAGGUACUGGCAUCAUGUUUUUCUUCUAAGUGAAUAUACUAUUUCUGAUACAGCUAGUAGAUACUUGGUGGUACAGGGUACUCUUUUGAGCAAAAAUAUUAAUCUGGUUAAUGUCUAUGGUCCGAAUGAUGAUAAUCCCACAUUUUUUGAUAAUUUUUUUAUACGGAUUGUCUCUCUUCCAGGUACAGUAAUAGUAGCAGGCAACUUUAACUGUGCUCUUGACCCAAAGCUCGAUCGCUCAUUGGGGCUGGACUCCUCUCAUUCUCAUAGAAAGAAAAUUCAACAGUUCAUGAAAGAUCUGAACCUAUGCGACCCGUGGAGGAUGCAAAAUCCAGUUAAAAGGGAAUAUUCAUGUUUUUCAUCCUCUUCCAAAACCUAUUCUCAUAUAGUUAUUUUUUAAUUUCCACUUCUCUGCUACCUAAUAUAGCUAGAUGUAUAUACAGUUGUGCUCAAAAGUUUGCAUACCCUGGCAGAAAUGUUGCCAUUGAUUUUGAAAAUAGGACUGAUCAUGCAAAAAUGUGUGUCACCUUGUGUGUCUGUAUCAAGGCCAGACAUUCAAGGGUAUGUAAACUUUUGAUCAGGGCCAUUUGGGUGAUUUCUGUUAUCAUUAUGAUUUAAAAAGGAGCCAAACAACUAUGUGAUAAUAAAUGGCUUCAUAUGAUCACUAUCCUUAAAUAAAAGAGUUGUUUUCUUUUUUUGCAUGAUCAGUCAUAUUUUCAAAAUCAAUGCCAAAAUUUCACAAUUUCUGCCAGGGUAUGCAAACUUUUGAGCACAACUGUAUGAUAGCACGGUUUUUUCUGAUCAUUCUCCCAUCUCAGUAUUUUACAAUGAUUCUCAGUUAUUCAGAGGCUCCCCUAGAUGGCGCUUACACCCUAAAUGGCUACGGCACUCUGAUUUCAUAAAAUUUGUGGGGGAGCAUAUAGAUGUUUACUUUGCAAUAAACACUGACCAGACUUCAGCAACCGCUAGGUGGGAGGCCUUUAAAGCAUAUAUUAAAGAUCUAAUGAUCAGCUUCACCAGUUCCAAAUUUAUUAAAUUCAUACAACAGAUGAACGAGUUGGAGACAGAAAUCAGAGACUUGGAGAAAGUGGCGAGCCUUGAUAAGUCAGUACAAACUAAACAAAAAUGAUUAGUCCUUAAAGCUGAAUAUGAGGAGCUUUCCACACAAAAAGCUGAAAAUAGUCUAUUAGGGCUUAAGCAAACUUUUUAUGAUCAGGGUGAAAAGCCCAGUAAAUUGCUAGCCUGGCAAAUUAAGAAACUUAACUCAGAAAGAGCCAUAAAUGCAAUUAGGAAUGAACAGGGGAAAUAUCUACAGAGCCAUUGGAAAUUAACCAUGCUUUCGUUUCACUCUAUAAAGCCCUUUAUCAAUCGGAAUAUCCAAUGAACUAAUUAAAUCGAAACACUUUUCUAGAUAGAUUGGAUCUCUAUCUCUGAAGAUACAAAACUUGAGCUUGAUAAGGAACUGGGUUUGGAGGAGGUCUCCAACGCUGUUCUUAACAUGAAAGGCGGUAAAGCGGCAGGUCCCGAUGGGCUCUCAAUAGACAUUUAUAAAUUAUUUAAAGAAAAACUAAUAGUACCUUUGCUAGAUAUGUAUGUAGAAUCAUUUGAACAGGGUAACCUUCUCCCAUCGCUACGAAGUGCCCUAAUCACUCUUAUUCUGAAGCCAAGCAAACCGCCUACAGAAUGUGGCUCCUAUAAACCAAUUUCACUUUUGAACGCUGAUGCAAAGAUUAUAGCUAAAGCUUUGGCGAUGAGAAUGGAGAGGGUCCUGCCUCCCUUGAUGCAUGCAGAUCAAAACGGCUUUGUUAAAAAUCGACAGGAGAUCCACAAUGUGAGGAGGGUACUCAAUAUAGUCCAUUUAUGUGAAGGGUCCCCUGAUACCGCCAUCUUGUCACUUGACAAGGCGUUCGACACACUCGAAUGGCCCUGUCUAUUGGAGGUGCUUGAGCGUUUUGGGUUUGGGGACUACUAUCGUAGAUUGGUUGAAAUUCUGUUUGUUGAUUCAACUGCAGAAGUAUCCACAAAUAAUUUGAUCUCUCAACUGUUUAAUCUCUUCCACGGCUCAAAACAAGGCUCGCCACUUCCACCUUUACUUUUUGUAAUAGCCUUGGAACCACUUGCAGUAGCAGUAAGAUCACACCCUUCAAUUAUUGGUAUUAGAUCAGGCAUCCUAGAACAUCGUAUCGCAUUGUAUGAAGAUGAUGCCAUUGUAUUUUUAUUAGAUCUGGGUAAAUCAAUACAAUAGCUUUUAAAGCUGAUCAGUUAAUUUGGCAACUUCUCUGGUUUUAAGGUAAACAAAGAUAAAUCAUCUAUUAUGUUCCUAAAUGAACAAGAGAGAAGAAAACCAACGACACCCCACCCAUUUGUAAAUGCUAUAGACUUUUUAACUAUCUUUGUAUUAGAAUAACUCCAGAGAUAAGCACCCUUAGUUUAACUAACUAUGAACCCAUGUUAGCUAAAAUGUCUGAAGAGGUCACAAGAUGGACAACAUUACCUCUGUUUUUAAUGGAAAGAAUAAAUGUAAUUAAGAUGAACAUUUUACCUAAAUUUUCCAAUCGAUACCACUGGCUCCUCCACCUUUCCCCAAAAGUUAGGAAGCUGCCCAGUUGAGGGCUGCAAUGUUCUGGUUUAUCAGAGAGGUUGACUUGCUCUGGUUACAAAUUGAAUUGAUGUCCCCAAGGGGUUUGACGCUAUACUGCCCUUUAUACUCAGCUACCUUUAGAAAUUAAAGAAAAACACAGUUAAUCCGUUUGUUAAAAACACUAUUGUUUGGCAUGAAGUACAGAAAUAUUUGGGUGACUCCCCAGUAUUGUCUUGCUUUUCACCAAUUUGGGUCAAUGAACACUUUAGCCCAGCUAAAAAUUAUAUGGGAUUUAAAAUAUGGUUAAAUAAGGGCAUUGUUAAACUACUGUAUCUUUAUGAGGACAACAAUUUGAUGUCUUUUGAUGAGCUAAAAGCGAAGUAUGAUGUACCACAGAAACACUUCAAGUAUUUACAACUUAGAAGUUUUAUUCUGACACCUAAAAAAUUCAGUACAAACCCACUGUCCACAGUGGAUAUAUUUUCCACACAAAAUUGUUUCAGUAAAGGGCGGGUUACACAAUUACACAAUAUAUUGGUGGAAAAUCAUAAAGAUAACUGAAAGUAAGAGACAUGAUUGGAUACAAGACUUAAAAGAGGACAUUCCAUUGGAUGAAUGAGUUAUAUGUUCAAAGGCACAAACAAAAACCAUCAAUACUCGACUGAGAUUAAUACAGUAUAAUUGGAUAAUGAGAACGUACAUAAUCCCUGUGAAGUUAAAUAAAUUUGAUUCUGGUUUUCCUGAUCAAUGCUACAAGUGCAAUUAUUAUCAAGGUACUUUAUUUCACUGCUUGUGGGAAUGUGAGGUGUUGCAAUAAUUUUGGGGUGCGGUGAUUCGCUAUAUCUCUCAAACUACCUCUUCCCCAGUACCAUUAAGUCCUAAACUGCAUUUACCCAGACAACUGUUCUCUCUCUAAUAGAGAAAGGAAAAUGGUUGACCUAUGUCUAUUACAAGCUAGACGCUCGAUUGCCCUGUGUUGGAAGAAUGUUAGUUGCCCCUCCCUUGGACAGUGGUUAAAAAACUUAAUAUCAAGUUUGGCUCUUGAGAAAAGAGAAUUUUGUGAAUGACAUCUGGGAGGUGUUUUUGGAAUUUGUUAAAAAUUGUGACAUUGAAGAAGCUUUGGAAGUGUGAAGGUGUAAUUAACUAAGCUAUGAUAAGGAAUAUGUGCUAUACGCUGCCAUGUAUUUGUGAUUGUAUUUUUUUUUUUUAAGUACUUUUAUUUUUUAUUACUUACACUGCCACAUGUUCGAUCUGCAGAAAAGUUCAGUUACAUGUAUACAAUGUGUUAAAUGUA